UCAGUGUGUAAUCUAUCUUCGGAGGUUAACGUCCAAGUAUCCAUUGACAACAAAUUGUCGACAGAAUAAGUGUGAAUACUUUAUUUUAAAGUACGCGGAAGAAGUUUGCGGAAUAUUCAGCGGAUGUGUUUACGCUGUACUUUUGCCCUCCUGUUCUCAAAGUUAGUUUUGUGACUUAAUUAGACUGAAACCUAAUUCGUGGGAGCUUGUUCCGCCUUGUGCUCCCUGUAGGUCAUGGACAGCAGCGAGGAGUGUCAGGAGUAACCAGGACGCCGGUGGGAAACGCGUCUCCACAUCUCCACACAGUUAAAGUACUAGAAAAGGUACUAACGGCUGAGUUUUGGACACUGUAAUGGAAAAACCUGAUGAUAAGGUCGACUUGCAACAGAGCACACCAGGGUCUGAAGAAGGAAACUCUGGAGGAGGAGCACCCCCAGCAAAGCGGAAAAGCAAAUUUUCCAUGGGAAAGUUCCUCAAGCCCUUUAGAUUUAAGAAGAAGAAGCCAAGUGAGAAGUUCUCUGAAACAUCUAAAGAAUUGGAAAGAAAGAUUUCUGUCAGAAAAUCUCGCAAUGAGCUGAUUGCUAGAGGAGUUUUAAAAGAGAUCCCUGAAAAUGGGAGCAACAAUGAAAUCCACCUCAAAGAUCCACCAGUUAAAAAUGGGCACCCUGUACAAACAGAUGCCGAUAAGGUGUCAGAAAUGGAAUAUCAAAAGGCUGACAUCAAGGCAAAUCCCAUGAGGUAUACUCAAGGAGAAGACCGUCGCGCCAGAACACCAUUGGACUCUGUGCUUAUCCGGGCGCCUCUGGAUGUGGACAGAUAUGCAAAGUUGCCCAUGGAUGUAGACAGACGAAGCCGCAUUCCCUUGGACUAUGAUAGAAGAGGGUCUGACCCUCCACAAGAUGAUAGACCCAUUAAAGACAAGAAGAGGGAUGGCCAAGAUGGCCAAGCCAUUCGGGAAAGGAGGGAUCGAGACAACAAGGAGAGGAGGGAUCAAGACGACAGGGAGAGGAGGGAUCGGGAUGACAGGGACAGGAGGGAUCGUGAUCCGGACGAGAGGGAGAGGCGGGAUCGUAAUCCUGACGAGAGGGAGAGGAGGGAUCGAGAUGAGAAGGACCGGAGAGAUCAUGAUCGGGACGAGAGGGACAAGAGAGAUCGUGAUCGGGACGAGAGGGGGAAGAGGGACCGCGAUCGGGACGAGAGGAGGGAUCAGGAUGAGAGGAGGGUUUUUGAUCGGGACGAGAUGGAGCGCAGAGAUCGGGACGAAAGGGAGAGGAGGGAUCGGGACGAGAGGGAGAAGAGAGAUCGGAAUAGGGAGGACAAGGAAAAGAGAGAUCGUGAUGAAAGAGAAUGGAGGGAACGGGAGCAGUAUGAAAAGGAAAAGAGAGAGCUUGAUGACAGAGAAAGAAAAGACAACAAAGAGCGAUGGCUUGAGCGUGACAGGAAGGAGAAUAGAGACGAUAGAAAAGAUGAUAAAGUAAGAGAAGAUAGGGACAGGAAUUAUGCUCAGGUGGAGAGAGGUGAUAUCAGGGACAAACGGGAAGACCGGAUUAAGGAACAGGGAGAUGAACGUGAGAAAAUGGACAGAAUCUUGCCUGUCCCACGUUCAGUCCAUGACAUGGACUUGCGACCUCCAAUGCAGCGAAGCUCCUCAGAUGAUGACAAGAAAACUAUAUUGAGCGUUGAACGAAGUUCCACGCUACCCAGAUAUAAACCAGGAGUCGAAUUCCGUGACCGCUCAGAGUCUGUCGGUGUCCGAUUGAUCCCUGACCAUUCCCCGGAGCAAGAUUCCCAAAAACAACUACCCCUACCCAAGCAAGCUUUGGUUCCCUCUAAAUUCCCCACUGGUCAUCUUUCCAAGUCCACUUGUUCGACCCUGUCCUUCUCUUCCUCGUCUUCUACCUCCUCCAGCUGUUCUGUUGAAGCUGCAAUUGUCAAGCCCCCAAGAACUGUCUCUCUCGUAGUAAUUGACCAACCUCAGCUGACUCUUCCUGGUGCUCCUCCCCCUGUUCCACCCCACACAAAGCAGCCCCCUGUCUCCCCCCAUGUCCAGCAGCCCCCUGUCCCUCCCCAUGUCCAGCAGCCCCCUGUCCCUCCCCAUGUCCAACAACCUCCUGUCCCUCCCCAUGUCCAACAACCUCCUGUCCCUCCCCAUGUCCAACAACCUCCUGUCACUCCCCAUGUCCAACAACCUCCUGUCACUCCCCAUGUCCAACAACCUCCUGUCCCUCCCCAUGUCCAACAACCUCCUGUCCCUCCUCAUGCUCAGCAGUCCCCUGUUGUUUUCAAGCUACCUCCUGUGCCUCCACCUAAACCCACCAACCGCAACAGCAAUCCUCCAGCGCUUGCUUCCUCCCUGAACAGGGCGCCUCAGGUCAGGCAGCCGUGCUCCUGGAGGGGCUCGGGACUUGAGCAGAGCCGGGCCGGCCUCUACCUCUCUCUGCCCGUGUACCUACGCCACAGGGCUGACCGGACCCGCUCAGCUGAGUUCUCUCAGGCCAGCGGCGGCUUGAACACCGUCAUUGCUCCUGCUAAGCGCUCCCCACCAAUCCCACCCAAAAGGACGACCCCCGUCAACAAGCACUACUCUGUAGACCCAUCCCUCCCCACUCAGGUUCCCGAGCCGCCCUCUGUUAACCCUGCAGUGCCCCUUGCCGUCCCUAAAGGUGGAAGCAGUGAGGACAGGACGCCCAUGACUGUCCCCCAGAGGAUGGCGGAGGCCGCGCUCCCGCUGCCCGCCCACAUACCCCCUUCUCCUCCCAGGGUGAAGUUGCUCCGUCCACCUCCCACCUCGUUUGCCGGGGCUGUUCCCGUCAUCCAGACGGACCUCCCCACCCCGACCAUGGAGCUGCCCGGCCAGCCUCCGGCCGUCCCGCUGCACAUCCUGAUCAAGAGAGCUCUGAACAGCCCUGGCGCAGUCCAGCCUAACCCUGAGGGAUCCCAGAGGGCCCACUCACUGCUCUUUGAGCUUUCCUCAGAGGUCCCUGACGACCCUGAAGAGGCGCUGCUGAACUCGCGUCACUCCCUCCCCGUCUUCAUCGAACCUCUGAGGCUACCAGAGGAUGAUGACUUUGACAUGGAGGAAGAGCUGCAGAAGCUGAAAGCUCAGCGGAUCCCCCAGCAGCCGGAGCUGGAACCCCGGAGCAGGAGGGGCCUGAUCGGAGACCCCAGGGUCACAGCUAUACCCGAACAGGGCGGCCACAAGGACGACUCAGACUCCGAUGGGCCCAUCCUCUACAAAGAUGAUGACGAGGAGGAGGACGACGACGAAGAAGGCCCUGCAAGUGGGCUGGCGAGCCGUGUGCAGAGAAAAGACACGCUGGCUCUGAAGCUGGAGAGGCAGGAGAAAUAUGAGCGAGAACAGAGGGAAGGCCAGGAGAACCAGGAGGGGAUGAGCUGGAGCAACAGGGAGCAGUGGGUGGCUGUGAGGAACAAGAUCGGCACCACGCUCACACGGCGGCUGAGUCAGAGACCUACAGCGGAAGAGCUGGAGCAGAGAAACAUUCUUCAAGCCAAGAACGAAACGGAUCGACGGCUGGAGCGAUCCGAGAUCAAACGGAGACUCACCAGAAAGCUGUCUCAGAGGCCCACGGUGGCUGAGCUGCAGGCCAGGAAGAUCCUGCGUUUCCACGAGGACGUGGAGUCCACUCACGCCGAGGACUACGACCGGAGAGCCGACAAGCCGUGGACCAAACUCACUCCUGCUGACAAGGCUGCCAUCCGCAAGGAGCUCAACGACUUCAAGAGCACAGAGAUGGAGGUCCAUGAAGAAAGCAAGAUCUACACCCGAUACCACCGGCCCUAGCUGCUCACAUCAUCAUGUAAAGCACUUCGGAAGCAGCAGCAGCAGCUUGUCCCAUUUCCUCCUGUAACCUGAAGAUGGCGCCAACGCUACCUGAAGAGUCUCAGGAUGGUGUCGGACUGUGGUGGAGUCUGCAGGAGACGGUGGGCCCGGUGGGCCGGUGGGCAUUGCAAUGGCUCAGUGACUGAACCAGAGGGGGUCCCUCACCAUGAGCCGGUUCUGCCUUAACGCUCCUGAACACUGGUACCAGGCUGAGGCCAAACAUGAGACUGGUUCAGAACCAGCCUCUGAUUGACUGUUUUUGUUAAUCACAAUCCCAUAUCACUAUAUGAUUUUUGAUAAGAGCACCUUAUGCUUCCUAACGGGGUUGAAUGAAAACUUAGCCUUUAAUUCUGUGUUUAUAUUUGAGAUUUUUGAAAGCAGGAAAAUGUACAUAUUUUUCUCUUCCUGUCUGUUUUAUGGUACUUUAUAUAUGCUGCUCUAUAGCGGAUGCAGCUGUAUGGAACAAUAAUGUAGAUUUAAUAAACUUUAUAUUGUAAACUACUGACUGGAAAUGCUGACAUGUUUUAAUUAUUUAGUGUUUCUCUGAUGUCAUUUCUGAGCAUUAAAGGUACGGAUCCUUUUUCUUUUUUUGAUACAGAGCCUGUAAGCUGUGUCGUCUGCAAACACUGAAUAACUGAUCGAUCUGAUUAGAAAAUAAAAAAACAAUGAUUUAUGAA